GGUGAGGUUUUUCUACUUCCGGUCGACUUUCUACGUCAUUUUCAAAACACCAGAUUCUCAUGUUAUUAACUAACUUUAAUGAUAACUGCAGAACUUCCGUGUAAAGGUAGGAACGGUGUUUAUUGUGAUGUUAACGGGAGUCGUUUCAUCUUCUGUGAAAGGUACCAUAUAGACACCUGAUGAGUUUCGUUCAUGGCAGAAAGAAAAUAUUCAGGGUCCAGAGAAAAUGAGAAAAAUCACUCCUUUAUUACACCGUGUAGUCCAGGCCUGUUUUCACCAACGAAUAUCAUGUGUUGACGGUCAGAACAGUGUUGGAAGGUUCAUCAUCAUUUGAGACCUUAUGGGCAGCUUACCCUUAAUGUAGACCUUAAAGAAGAGAGGUCAAGUAUCAUGGCUUGUUCAAAACAGUCUGCGAAAGAUUAUAUCGCCAAUGCCAGAGUUCACCUAGUUGGAGAACUGAGGAAUCUGUCAGUGAUUCUUGAAAACUUGCAUCAGCAAGAAGUUUUCACUGAUGAAGAGGUCAACACGAUAAAGGCAGAGAAAGAUGACUAUGAUAGAACCAGAGCAAUACUGGACUCAGUCACUAGAAAAGGUGAAGCAGCCUGCUACGGGUUUCUAAGGAUUAUUGACCAGACGAGGAGGAGAACCUUAGAGAGACCAGAUCCUCUCUUUAAGAACAGUCAUGAAGCUUCAACUGAGGCUACAAAGUUUGACCUGCACCACUGGAUCAGCUGCUUUUCCUUCACAGAAGAUCCAGAAAUUGAUCACAACUACACACAGGAAUCAAGGCCAUGCUACAGAUACCAAGCAAAAUUGAAAUCAAAAGCAGAAAAAGUAUCAAAGGACUUUUGGAAGAGAAGUGAAAAUCUUUUUGCUGAAAACAAGAAACCUGAACUGCUGUACGCUUCACUUACAUUAGAUAUUCAAGGGAAGAAUUUUCCAACAAAAAUAAAGAGAUUUAAAAGAGAGAUGUGCCGUCCUAAAAAGUUAAGGACUUGCAGUCCAAAGCGCAAACCUGAAAUCUCCCCCAGUGACCUGCUGAAAACAGAUAAAAACAUCCUCCUGUUUGGGAAACCUGGUAUUGGAAAGACGGCUCUGAGUCAUGAAAUAUUGAGACUGUGGUCAGAAAGAGACAACAAGGAGCUGGAUUACAUGUUUCACUUUGAUAUGAGGGAAUUAACCAACAUCCCACCUAACAUGAAUUUGGAGGAUCUUCUUUUCAUUGCAUGCAGUGAACCAGAUAAGGGCAAAGAUGAAGUCUUACAGGACAUAAAGUGCAACUCUGAUAAUGUUACUAUCAUUUUAGAUGGAGUCACAGAUUUCUCUUCAUCAAUUGUGAAGAAUCUUGUAGACAAAGAUCUCUUACCUGAUGCUAAAAUCAUCAUUACCUGCAGACCAGAAGAUGGGAAGGACCUCUGUCCUGAAGACUGGCUCAGAGUGGAGGUGAAAGGCUUCAGUGAGGAAACAAUAAAAACUUAUUUGUUUUCAACUCUGGGUGAAAAUCACAGAAAGGUUCUUAGAAAUAUGGAGCUGUUGACUCUUUGUCAUAUUCCAAUGUACGCACUGAUGGUGGCUGCCAGCUUUCCAUCAAAAGAAUCUCUGCAACCCAGAACUAUGACUGAAAUAUACAUCAAUAUUGUUCGGUUUGGUCUCCAGAUGAACAGCAACAAAACCAGGAUCAGGAAUCUCAAUCAGUUCAUCAAAACGAAGAGAAAUGGAAUCCUGUCUUUGGCUGAAGCUGCUUUUAAUGCAACUGAAAGAAAAACUGUGAACCUGGAAGAUUUUUCCUGUGAAGAUGGCUGUGUCCUUUCCUUCCUGAAAACACUUGAUGUCAAAGUUGCUCCUACUGAAACCAUAACUGUCUAUGCUUUUCUCCAUUACUUGAUGCAAGACUUUUUUGCAGCUCUGUGGCUUCUGAAGAAUCCUGAUAAGAUCAGGGAGGUUUUCCAGCAGUGCCUCACCGAGGAGAAGAAACACAUGAAGCAUCUGAUCCCGUUCAUGUGCCGUUUGUUGAAUGAGAAGAGUCCACGUUUGAUGAGCUGUCUGAUUCCAACUGAAGAGCUCCAGGAAACAUCUGGAUGGUUUUUCAAAGAGAUGAUUGACAUAUUUUUCCAUCAGGCUGUCGCUAAUAUCAGUGAGCUUCAUGUGGACACACUAUUCGUAUACCAGUGUUUGUUUGAGUCGCAGAGCUCUGAAGUCUGCAUUUCCUUUUUGGACAAACUGGACUAUCAUCUUGACCUCAGCAGAGCGAAUCUGGACUUGUAUUCCUGUUGUGCUGUGGCCUAUGUGGUCACUCAAUCAAAGGACAGAAAAAUAAGUCUGAACCUUCAGGAUGUGACAGUCACUGCACAAGGAAUGAGACAUCUGUUUGGAUGCUUUCAAAAUGUUGAAUGGUACGAUACCCUCAAACAGCAGCUGUGGAAGGUUUUUCUUCUCAGUGAAGAACAGAUGGAUUACCAAACCUUACUGGGUCUCAGUAGGAACCUGUUAUACCUCCCAGUUGUGGGUAAAAACAAGCUGUUUGACAGAGCUGUGAAAGUUUUGCAGACGAUUGCAACAAAGGUGAAUGUUUGCCUCUACGGGGACAGAAAAGAUCCACUCUGCCCGAUUUUGCGCGACUCUCUUUUAGAGACUUUGCCGUGCAUCAGCUCUCUCAGGAUGACCUACAGAUCUGCAGGUUCAAUGAACCAGGAAGAAUGCAACAACACAAUGGAAAAGGAUCAGAAGAACAUGUUCCUGGAUUUAUGCUUCACAACAGCACUGCAUAGCAAACAAAAGUUUCAUACUGUAAUGCCUGAGCUCGUGACAAUUUGUCAGAUUAAAACGGACUUGGUGAAUACUCUUGUUGAUUUACAUCAACAUGCAAGUAGCAAAGGGCUUUCCACUGACUUUCCAACUCUACGGCCAGUUUUCCAGUCAACUCCUGCAGACUGGCUCAUAGACCUCUCAGAGAGAAAGGCCUCCACCCUCCUGGAAAUGCUCAAACUUCAAUCAGAGAAAAAGAAAGUGCAGCUGACAGGAUGGUCACAUGACGAGAGUGAAAUGAGAAACUUGCUUCAGUGUCUGCCUCAUCUCUCAAAGCUCAGUUUUGUGACUGGACUAUCUGAGUCAUCAGAGAGCAUCUGGUUCUUGGAAAUGUUGAUCCGUGCUGCAGCAGAAAUGAAAGAGCAGACAGGAGUAAAUAUGCUGGAUCUGUUAUCAGUUUGCACAUAUAAAGGAACUCCACUCCAGUGGAAAUGGUGUGAUUUCCUGCUGGACCUGUACUCCUCUAAGACUGAAACAGGCCUGACAUCAUUCCUGUCAGUCCUCCAGUCAGCAGAUCCUGCAAUAUGGUUUGUUUGCCUCUCAAAGACGAAGGCCUCCAUGCUACUGGAUGUUCUAAAACUUCAGUCAGGGAAGAAACAAGUUAAUCUGACUGGCUGGUCACAUGAAGAGGCUGAAGUAAGGAGUUUCCUACAGUGUCUGCCUUAUAUCUCACAACUCAGUGUGGUUCCUCUUUGGUCAAGCUCUGCUGAGCAAACCAGAUUCUUAACCAGGCUUUUCUGUGCUGCAGCCGAGAGAGAAAAGCAGACAGGAGAGAAAAUACUGGAGCUGUUAGGAUCAGUCUGCAGAUACAAGCAUUUUCCAUUCAAUCGCAGAUUCAUUGAUGAAACAUGUAGGCGUAACUUCCUGCUGGAUCUGUACUCCCAGAUGAAGGACUGUGAGACUGAAACAGGCCUAAGUCUCCUUCCAUCAAUAGAGUCAGUUUUCCAGUCAGCUCCUGAAAUCUGGACUUUAGACCUUUCAAAGAUAAAGACCUCCAUCCUCCUGGAAGUGUUGAAAGUCCAAACAGAGAAGAAACAAGUGAAGGUGACGGGCUGGUCAUAUGAAGAGCGUGAAGUGAGGAACCUCCUAAUGUGUUUGCCUUAUAUAUCCAAGUUCAGAUUUGUUCCUGAGAGCUCAAAACUUCAUGAGCAAACCAGCUUCUUGGUGACUCUGUACUGUGCAGCAGCAGAGAGAGAACAGCAGACAGGAGAGAAGAUGCUGGACCUGUUAGCAUCAGUCUGCACGUUUAAAAUAAUACCUGUGAGCGACACAGAUAUGAACGAGCAAGCCCAGAAGGCCUUCCUGUUGAGUUUGUACAGUCAGGUGAUGGACUGUGAGACGAAAACAGGCUUGAGUCUGUUUCCUUUGUUAAAGUCUGUUUUCCAGUCUGUUGCUAAUGUCUGGAUAACUGACCUCUCAGAGAGAAAUACCUUAAUGCUGAGGGAACUGAUAAUCCAAUCAGAGAAGAAACAAGUGGUUUUGAAAGGCUGCUCACAUGAAGAGAGAGAAGUGAAGACUUUCCUAGAGUGUCUGCCUUUUUUCUCACAGCUCAGCUUUGAGCCUUGGGUAUCGGAAGCUUCUGAAGAAAUCCGGUUUCUCCGGAGUUUGUUCUGCGCAGCAGCGGAAAAAGAUAAACAAAAGGAAAUGAAGACGCUGGAUAUGUUGGCAUCAAUAUACAUUUAUAAAGAAGCACCUCUUAAACAGAAAUGGUCUGAAUUUCUGCUGGAGUUGUUCUCUUAUGAGCUUAAAACAGGCUUGAGUGUCCUCCCAUUGCAGAGAGCCAACAUCAUACUCUUCAAAGUGCUGAAGCUCAAGUCAAGCAGAAUACACGGACCCAGGAUUGCAUCUGGGAGCUCAGAUCUUCAUGAACAAAAAAGAUUCUUAGUGAAUCUGUUCUGUGAAGCAGCAGAGAGAGAACAGCAGACAGGAGAGAAGAUGGUUGACAUGUUGGCACCACUCUGCAGAUAUAAAACAUUCCCUUUUAAAGCUGGUGAUAAAUAUCCGGUUGAUUUCCUGCUGGAUCUGUACAUGCAGGUGAAGGACAGAGAGACUAAAACAGGUCUGAGUCUCCUUCCAUCAUUACAGUCAGUUUUCCAGUCGGCUCCUGAACUCUGGACCAUAAAGCUCUCAGAGAGAAAGACCUCUGACUUUAUGGAAGUGAUGAAACUCCAAGCAGUGAAGAAACGAGUGAAGCUGACAGACUGCUCACAUGAAGAGAGUGAAGUGAGGAGUUUUCUGCAGUGUCUGCCUUUUAUCUCACAGCUCAGCUUCAAUUUGGAUGACUGGGAUGAUUCCAGUUAUGAUCCUGAUAAACAAUCCAGGUUCUUAGUGAAUCUGUUCUGUGCAGCAGCAGAGAGAGAACAGCAGACAGGAGAGAAGAUGCUCGAAUGUUUUGCAUCAGUCUGCAGAUAUAAAACAUUCCCUUUUGAUGACAUACAUGCUGACGACAAAGAUAGAAGUGACUUCCUGUUGGAUCUGUACUCCCAGAUGAAGGACAGAGAGUUUAAAGCAGGACUGAGUCUCCUUCCAUCAUUACAGUCAGUUUUCCAGUCAGCUCCCGAAGUCUGGUUUAUAAACCUCUCAAACAGAAAGACCUCUGACUUCGUGGAAGUGAUGAAACUCCAACCAGAGAAGAAACCAGUGAAGCUGACAGACUGCUCACAUGAAGAGAGUGAAGUGAGGAGUUUCCUGCAGUGUCUGCCUUUUAUCUCACACCUCAGGUUUGGUCAUCAGAGAUCAUAUGUUCCUUAUGAAUCUGAGUUGUCCAGCUAUUCACUAAUAGGGGAAAAAAAACCAAUGUCCUUAAUUAAUCAGUUCAGUGAAGAAGGGAGAGAACAGCAAAAGUUCUUAGUGAAUCUGUUCUGUGCAGCAGCAGAGAGAGAACAGCAGACAGGAGAGAAGAUGCUGGAGAUGUUAACAUCAGUCUGUAGAUAUGAAACUUUCCCUCUAUACUAUAGUAGUAAAUAUCAGAGUGACUUCCUGCUGGAGCUGUACUCCCAGAUGAAGGACAGAGAGACUAAAUUAGGUCUGAGUCUCCUUCCAUCAUUACAGUCAGUUUUCCAGUCAGCUCCUGAAAUCUGGACCAUAAAUCUCUCAGAGAGAAAGACCUCCAUCCUCCUGGAAGUGAUGAAACUCCAACCAGAGAAGAAACCAGUAGAGCUGACACACUGCUCACAUGGAGAGAGUGAAGUGAGGAGUUUCCUGCAGUGUCUGCCUUUUAUCUCACAGCUCUGCUUUGAUCGUAGAAGCUCAGAUCUUCAUGAACAAACCGGGUUCUUAGUGAAUCUGUUCUGUGCAGCAGCAGAGAGAGAACAGCAGACAGGAGAGAAGAUGCUGGAGAUGUUAGCAUCAGUCUGCAGAUGGAAAACAUUCCCUUUUGAUGACAGAUGCAUGGCUAAUUUUGAAUAUGGAUGCAGAAAAUCCCAGAGUGACUUCCUGCUGGAUCUGUACUCCCAGAUGAAGGACAGAGAGACUCAAACAGGUCUGAGUCUCCUUCCAUCAUUACAGUCAGUUUUACAGUCAGCUCCUGAAAUCUGGACCAUAAAACUCUCAGAGAGCAAGACCUCCAUCCUCCUGGAAGUGAUGAAACUCCAGCCAGUAAUGCUGACAGACUGCCCACAUGACGAGAGUGAAGUGAGGAGUUUCCUAAAACUUCUGCCUUAUAUCUCACAGCUCAGGUGUAUGCCCAGGUUUUUCCAGAGUGUUUGUUCGUCUCUAUCAAUGAGAUCCAGAGAGGAGAUCCAGCAGAUGGUGUCUCUCCUGCAGCUUCUGAACUUCAAACUUUUUCUAACAGGAGAGUUGAAUGAUAAAACCUGCAGCUCUGUGGGAAAAGUUCUCCCCCUGUGUGGAUCUAAAGUGGAUCUGAUCCUCACAGACAGUCGGAUGUCCGUCAGAGGAGCUGCUGUCCUCUUCAGAUCUACAACACAGCUCCACAGUCUGAGACUCUCCAACAGUCUGGUCUUGUUCCUGUCUCAGUGGGUGAGAAGAGGCAGAGUGGCCUGUCUUGUGGUCCUAGAAGAGCUUUCUGUGGUGUCCACCAAAGCUCAGCCACAGAGAGUCUUGUUGAAGGUCGGCAGCAGUUUGGCGUCUCUGCUGAGGUUCUGGACAGUGGGACGGUUGGACCUGACUGAGUCUGGACUCCCUGCUCAGAGUCUCUUCAGUCUGCUGCUUCAUGAUGCUCCUCUCACACUCAGACUGAGUGAAGAGAGACUCCAGCAGCUUCUGGUUCUCCUCCAUGAGGUCCAAGACCAAGACAGGACAUUGUCCCUCUUGAAUAAGCUCGGUGGAGACCUGAGCUCCUGCAGGUUGAGCUGGGAGCUUCUUCACUACCUGCUGCAGCAGCCGACAGCUCAGACCAUCACUGUGAACCUGAAGAAGAACCGAUUCUUAGAGGAGAGAGCUGCUCAGCUGCUGCCCUUUCUGCAUAGGAUGGUGAUUCAAAGGCCCAGUCCCAGCUUUGUUAGGACGUCCAUCAAGGAGAUCUUCAGGACUCACCACAGUCACCUGAUACCCGGGUUGCUGAGGUCACUGGGUCAUGUGAUCAACCUGAACUGCACAGAGCUGGACUCAGAGGACUGUGAUGCUCUGCUGUUCAUCCUCAGACACAGUGAUGGAGUUAAACUGAAGCUGCUGUGGAGCUCCAUCCCAGCAGAGGGAAUACAGUCCAUCCUCUCUUUGCUGCACACAGUUUCUGAUCUCAGUGUGGACAGGAAUCUCCUGCUGAGGUUCAUCCACUGCUGCGCUUCCUCUGACAACCAGCAGGGGGCAGCAUCAGACUUACUGUGGACUCUGCAGCACAGGUUGGAUCUGUCCUGCUCCUCCUGUGUGCAGCUACCAGAGGAGGAUCAGACUGAGCCUCUGAGCCUGACGGCUGCUGACUGCAGGGCCGUCUCCACCGUCCUGAGACACAGCAGCAGAGACACACAGCUGGACCUGAGAGACUGUGAGGUGGAGGACAGCGGGCUGGACCUGCUGUUUCCUGUCCUGGACAGAGUCCGUCUCAUAGUCAGUAAGACGGUCCUGGUCCAGCUUCUGUCUCUGCUUGCUGUGAACAAUCAGAGGGACACAGUGAGACGGACAAUGUCCCUGUGCAGAGCUCUGGGAGGAGAACUGGACCUGAGUCACUGCCCACUGGAUCAGAGGCUCUGUGGAGCUCUGGUUCUGAUGCUGGACUACUCUGAAGGUCUGACAAAGCUGGACCUCAGUCACUGCCAGCUGACAGACCAGCUGCUGCUCCAACUCAUCACACAUCUGCACAAAGUCCACAUCCUGGAUCUGAGUCACAAUCAGAUCACUGAUGCCUCCACUGCUGAGUUACUCCACCUGGUCUCCAUCAAUCCCUCCAUUGGUUCUGUGAGACUCUUCAGCAGCAACAACAUCGUCAACAAAACUCCUUUUAAGGACAACAUGAAGUUUGAAUUCUCUUGAAGCAGCUGUCAAUCAGCAGGUUAAGUGACCAACAGGAAGUCCUCGUCUCUGAUCUAAAUAAAAACCGUUUCAUCUGGGCGAUAAGAUGGACAUAGUGGCUUCUGACACUAAGCCAGUUUACAGAUGGAUGUUCCACCAAAACACUAAUUUAAAUGCAGAUUUUUUUAUUUUUAUUUUUUUCUGGAAAGAGAUUUUUUUUUACAUGUUUAUCUUAUAAUGUAAGUUUUCUGUACACAUAAGUGAGUAUUGUUUACUUUAUUUUACAAAUGUAAAAGGUUAAUGAUAUUUUACAUCAUGUGGUAAUUUAUUUUCAGUUUAUUCUGAUGAUGUGCAAUUUGAUGACAUAUUUAUGUGUUAAUUUUAGGUCUACACUGAAUCUACAGAAUUUUGGAGAGACGCUACGGUUUUUCAAAUCAGGGAAUAUCAUUGCUGGGAUGCUUUAUUCAGACUCUAUAGAAAUAUAUAUAUAUAUAUAUAUAUAUAUUUACUUUUGAAUAGUUUUAUUGUGCAAUUUUCUUUUUCCACAAAAUACA